AGUACCUAUAAAAUAGUCGUCACCGUUAUCAGAGUCUUCUUGUUUAUUAUUAUUGUGUGUGUGUGUGUGUGUGUGCCAUAUCUAACUCGAUUUCUCCUCCCACACAUUAUCAGUUCCCAUUGUCAGCUGAUGUUCACUCCUCUUCUAGUUGAAGUUCCAAGUUCUAACCAUGGCCAUUUUAAUGAGAAUUUUAAUGAAUCUAUUUCGAAAGAAAGCAAUGAGCAAUGAGGGUAUGGAGAAAACUAAGUUGGCCAGAGUACUCACUUUGCUUGACCUGACACUCUUGGGUGUUGGAAGUACCCUUGGUGCAGGGGCCUACGUUUUGUCUGGAGCAGUUGCUCGUGACAAAGCUGGACCUGCAAUUGUUUUAUCAUUCUUUGUUGCUGCAGUCGUGUCUGUUCUUGCUGGGCUUUGUUAUGCUGAAUUUGGGGCCCGUGUACCAAAGACUGGCUCUGCCUAUGUCUAUAGCUACAUCACAGUUGGUGAACUGAUUGCUUUUAUCAUUGGGUGGAACCUCAUCCUGGAAUAUGCCAUUGGUACGGCUAGUGUGGCCAGAGCUUGGACAGCAAACUUCAAUUCCCUCAUUGAUAAUGCAGUCAUUGAUUUCUUCAACUCAACAAUGCCAAUACGAGUCGAUUAUUUAUCGGAAUAUCCGGACUUCCUGGCAUUCGGUCUUGUAGCUUUGUUGACAAUCUUGCUGACGGUUGGUGUGAAGCAGUCAACUUUGUUCAACAAUGUCUUCACAAUAAUAAACCUCCUCGUGCUUCUCUACGUCAUUAUUUGUGGAUUCUUCCAGAUGAAACUGAAAAACUGGCAACUCACUCCAGACGAGGUACCUCCUAAGUAUGGUAACGGUGGGUUCAUGCCUUAUGGCGUUUCCGGAAUGUUGUCGGGCGCUGCCACAUGUUUCUAUGGUUUUGUUGGAUUCGACUGUAUUGCUACCACAGGUGAGGAGGCAAAGAACCCGCAGAAAGCCAUCCCCAUCAGCAUCAUCCUCUCUCUGAUUAUUGUGUUCCUCUUCUACUUCUUCGUGUCGAUGGUCUUGACCAUGAUGUCACCUUACUACCUGCUCGAUGUCAACGCACCUCUACCGGCCGUCUUCAGUGCAGUCGGCUGGGAUACGGCAAAGUAUGUAAUUGCCGUGGGGGCCAUUUGUGCAUUGACUGCCAGUAUGGUUGGUGCCAUAUUUCCUCUACCUAGAGUUGUGUACGCAAUGGCUGAAGACAAAGUCAUUUUCAGUGUCUUCUCCAAUGUCUCAGAAAAAUUCAAAACACCAGUUCUCGCUACCCUGAUUGCAGGAUUGUUUUCAGGUCUGACUGCUCUCAUUUUUGAUCUCACCGAACUGGUGAACAUGAUGUCUAUUGGAACUCUCCUAGCUUACACGUUUGUGGCCAAGUGUGUUGUUAUUCUACGCUAUAAAAAGACAAUCUUUGAAGAGCCGUUGAUAUCCGACCGUGGCACAUAUUACAAUUCCACUUCAGUCAACACUCCCAACACAGAUAUGCAGAAAGUUACUCCGAGUUUCUCCUUUGCGAUGUUGUUCAAAAGUCAACAGGAUGUACCAAACCAGACCACCGAGAAGAUUGUGCUCGUUACAUCUUCGCUACUCAGUCUCGCAGCUAUUGCUUUGUGUGUUGUCCUGGUGUUCGCUGAAGACUACCUGUCCAGUGGCUGGGCCAUCUACCUGAUUGUUCAGUUUUUAGUCCUCAUGACUGUUUGUAUGGUAAUUAUUGCUAUGCAGCCAUCCAACACUGCAGACAUUCCAUUCAAAGUUCCAUUCGUACCCGUGAUUCCUGAGAUAAGUGCUGCAUUGAAUAUCUAUCUUAUGUUAAAAUUGCCAGUCUCCACAUGGAUCCGAUUUUGCGUCUGGAUGUUUGUUGGUUUCCUCGUCUAUUUCGGCUAUGGUUACGAACACAGCACGGCGAAACGAAGAGAUAUGACUGAUUAUGUGAACAUCACCGAGGACGAAUCUGACUGAAGAACUCCAUAAAUCAUGACACGUCAAUCAUCACUCAUUCGCAUUUCCUUUUAAAUCUUGAUACUCAAACAAUUUCACAAUUUCUUUUACCUUAAUGCUCUGCCAUGUACAUGAAUGCAUAUAAUAUUCAUAUAUAUAUAUGUAUAUAUACACACCUACAUACAUA